UGGCAGAAAAAAAAAAGUCCCCCGUUUCUCCAGUGGUGAGGAUUUUGCGACCAGAAUUCGCAUGCACGAGCGAGAGCUCCAAUUUCUGCCGCGGCGGCUUGCGCGCAAUUGAGGCUCACCGCCCGCAGCUCGACUCCACUUGGCGUGGUGGGGAGAAUGAAAAAAUCAACCACACGGGUGGCUGCGAAUGCUACAUAGGCACGGGAGUAUGGGUACGUACUGCCAUAAUCCCAGGCCUCACAAAGCCUCGAAUAACUACCUUACUUAGGUAAGCAAUAUCUUGCUGUUAAAUUCCAACGCUGCCUAUCUCUGCACGUGACGACGUGACAGCUCUCACAGCAGGCCAGAAGGAGUACGUACCGACAAUCGGGACAUGCCGUUCCAUCACCAAAAUUUCCGUCUCUGCGUCUCGUGCUCCUGAAGCUGUCGCCAUCCCUCCAGCUCCAAGUUCGCGACCAUUCAGCCCCAAUUAGCCCAAGAUGAGAGGUAGAAAGCCAAGGUGGUACAACUUGGCGAAGCCAAAAAUCCGCCAGUCAUGGAACAAGUACAAUCUUUUCAACCUCGCCACAUUCAAGUUGAAACGAAACCGAGCCUCGAGAACCUUCUUCCAGCAGAAAUGGACCGCCAAGUCAAUGACCCGUGGCUACCACGGCGCCCACGUCAAGGAGGCGGAAUGGUCACGCAACUUCUCCCGCCGCCUCUUCUCCGCCGUCGAUAUGCCGCCUGAGUACCUCGCCAAGCACGACGGAUCAGAGCACUCGGCCGGCCGCGGUUCCGGUCUGCACGCCGAGCCGGGAUCAGAGGACCUCACGCCCACCGCAUACCAUUUCUCUAAGCUCGAACAAGCCAGGCGUCGGAGGGAAGGACGUAGAUCUAAUGCUGAUGCUCAGACCGAGAUGCUUGCCCGUCCCGUUGGGCAAAUGACGCCCUACAUGCAGAUGGCUUUCGCACCCCUUGAGCGGAGGCUGGACGUUGCCAUCUUCCGCGCCAUGUUCGCCAGCAGUACGCUCCAGGCAAAACAGUUCUGCACACACGGCGCCGUCAAGGUCAACGGCAAAGUCAUGCGCUACGGUGCCUACAAGCUCAACCCCGGCGAUAUGUUCCAGGUCGACGUCGAUAAUGUUCUCUUCGCCACCGGCCGGCCCAAGACUCCCAAUCACGCACUUUGGCUCGCUGGUAAAGACUAUCGAUCCCUGCAGGACGCCGGCAAGCCCAGCAAAUCCGCGACUGAAGAGGGCGCCUCAGAACAGGAAUCUGGUGACGCAGCACCCGUGUCCGCCGACGCCGACGCCGCCGUCAAAGAAGCUGAUGUCGCCGCGGAGAGCGGCGAGGCCGUCACCGAAGCAGCAGAAGCAGCGGCCGAGGGUGAGGAGGGAACCCAGCUCUCCGAGGCAGAAAAGUCGAAGCAGCUCCACAAGCAGCUCAAGUCGCUUGUCCGCUCCGUCAAGACCUUCCUCAGCGACGAAGACGGCCUCAAACCCAGCAAGAAGCGCCAGCUCCGGGCCUUCAUGGCCGAAGCCAAGCGCGCCCUCUCUACCUCGGGCCGCGUGACAGACGACGCCGUCGCCACGCUCGACCACGAAGGCGUAAUGAACAACCUCACCGCCCUGCUCAAGGACUUCAAGCUCGAGGGCAACAAGGUCGAGGCCGUCGUCUCCCCCGAAGCAGAGGCGCAGGAACAAGCCGCCGACCACUCCAAGCCGACGAGCGCCAAAGAAAAGGCAGAGACCGAGGCCGUCACGGACCUCAUCUCCUCAAAGGACGUCCGCAACGCGCUCAGCGGCCUCAGCAAGGCCGAGCAGAGCGCCUUUGCCGAGCUUCUGCGCAAGAAUGCCGAGAACCCCAUCGACGAGUCCAAGCCCUACUGGACCCCCUGGCAGCCGCGUCGCUACAUGGCGCCCUUUGCCUUCAUCCCGCGUUAUCUCGAGGUGAACCAGAACAUCUGCGCCGCCGUCUACCUCCGUCACCCUGUCGCAAGGCGCGGUUCCGCCGAGGUGCCCACUCCCUUCACCUACGAGACGAACCAGUUGGCCUUCAACUGGUACCUGAGGAGGGGCUGAGCGUUGUAUGUAAAGAUGUAGGCGUUGUGCGUGGUAGUAGUGGUCGUGGUGCCGAAGAGGAGAUGGCCGUUGGAAAGAUCAGACGGCAGUGUACAACAGGACAUGGAUCCCCAAAAACUUGUAGGACUGCAUGUAAAAAGGUGUAGACGUAGUCGUCUAUGUACAUCAUCAAUUGAAGAGAAAUCAAACAUAUGCACUGGUUCCAGAAUUCGAUGUAGGGGGCGUGUUGCCUCGAGGCUCGUCCUUGAUAUAUCUUCCAUCAUACAUUCCUUUUGCGGCACCAGCCACACUA